AUGUUUCUUUUAUUAGACAAUUGUAAUCAUAAUAAAAUGAAGCUAGAAUUAAGAACUUAUACAGAAGCACAUAAAUAUGCUCGAUCGCCUCGGUUUAAAUAUUUAAUGUACGGUAUGGUUGCUACCGCAAUCCUUCCAACACUUUAUUUAAGCCGGCAUUUCCAUCCGCAUUAUGAUCCAGGUAUGGUGGAAUCAGACAUUCCAAUGAAGAAGGAGGUAAUUCGAUCAAGGACAUCAAAGUUGUUCAAUAAUGUGCUUCCCUCUCAUAAAUAUGUUCUAGAUGAUGAUUUGACUCUUCUAUUGUUCUCCUCCACCAUUUGA